GACAGGGUUUCACCAUGUUGGCCAGGCUGGUCUCGAACUCUUGACCUCAGGCGAUCCACCCACCUCAGUGUCCCAAAGUGCUAGGAUUACAAGCGUGAGCCACUGCGCCUGGCCCUCUAUAUACAUUUACUUAGGUCACUUAGACAGUCCUUUCGCAGUUGAGGGGAAAUAAAACUGUAAUAUAGAAACCUCAGUCCUUGAGGCAAUGAAGACAUCAGGAGCAUUGAGAACUUGAUGAGUUGGUGCAUUUCUCCACUGAGCUUGGCACAAUAGGCCUAAUACUCAAGGAGAAAUACCUUCCUUUUUCCUGAUCUUUCAAAUUUAUCCUGAGAGAGGGGUUCUCAUAUUCUUCCUAACUGGGCACAGGAGCAGUCUUGGCCAGGUGGAGCUGGCAAAGCUAAGGUGGUGCAGAUAAUGUCAGGCACUGAAUGGAUUUGAGGAAGGUGGUGAGGGGAUGGUUGUUAGAAAAGAGGCAAUACAUGCACCUUGUGUAGGGCUGCAGGCUUUUUUACUGUUAUCAGGAAGAGAAAAUCAUCAUCAUAGCCUCAGUGGCGGAAGCAGCAGCAGCAGCAUAUCAGUGAUAGCACGUAGGAGAGGUUUAUCCUAAACAAAAACAUUUCCUGGUAGAAUCACAGGUUCCAAGGUGGUACUGAGCGGGCCCUAGUUCAACUUUCAACUUUUCAAACUUCCAGCCAAAUAAUUUUAAGCAUUAAUCAACUUGCAUAAAUGAAAGCAUUUUACUUUUAUAGGGACCUAACAUAUCUCAUAAAGUUUGUUUGUUUAAAGCUUUCCCCUAGCUUUUUCCUCCAGCAGACAUUUCCAGGGGUUUCAAGACUUAAGUUCCUUAUCACUCCCUAACACACAUGUACAUACCACACCUCUAUGCUGUGCAGGAGGGAAAAGUAGGGGCAAGCUUAUUUGUCCGUUUCAGGAUGAACAGAUUAAAAGCAAUUUUUGUUAUACCAAACUCAGUAAGACUUUCCAGAUUUUCUCUUCCUCAUUAAAAAUUUUUUAAAAAAAUAUUCCUGGAAACAAGUGAGCCAGUAAGUGUAAGAUUGAAAGCUUUCCAGGUUAUUUACAGACUGAGGUUUGACAUUGAUGAAUAUACUAAAAAAGAAAUCAGGUAAUGUGGUAAUAAAAAAAAAGGGAGGGCAAAGAGAAGCAAACUCAGUAAGUCAAUGUAAUCUAUAACUUGUAGGUGACAUUCUGACAUACUCUCCCAACUUUAAAACUCCAUAUAGAACAUCUUCAAAGCCACCUUACCCCUUAAACUGGGGCAAACUACUAUUUAAUUUCAUUUUAUUAUUAUUUUUAAAAAUAUAUUUUACUAAAUAGGAGGUCUCCCAUGUUGCCCAGACUGGUCUCCAACUCCUGGACUCAAGUGAUCCUGCUGUCUUGGACUCCCAGAAUGCUGGGAUUACACGUGUGAGCCACCAUGCCCGGCCUAUUUUAGAGUUGAUUUUUGAGACUGAGUGUUUAGGAAGACGAAAAUGUCUCUAUUUAGUGAAGAAAGGCAACAGCUCAAGGAAUUUUCUGUUUUAAUAAAAGCUGAAUAUAGACCUACAUAAAAUUUUAAAGCCCUGAGACAGUCAAUGACAAAUGAAGUUUUAGUACCUAAAGAAAAUACGGCAUCGUUCCACAUUAUGUGUAUCUUUAAUGCCUACGCCUACCUUUCGUUCAUUUAGUGAGCUGAAGAAAAAAAUAUUCAAACCCUUAUAUGCAUUUCCUUAAGUUCCUAGAAUACCGGAAUACUGACACAUACGAUUGCACUAUUUCAUAUCUGUCGAAGAUGAUUCUGAAUUUCACUAAAAACCGCAAAGGAAACCAAUAGUCACACAAUAAUUCUGAUAACCCCACCAAAGAGGAAGUAAAGAGAGUAAGUUACUCUAAAAGUCUGAUAGGGUAGAAGGGCCUCAAGGUUCAGUCCAUGAGGACCUUGAUUAACCUUCAUCUUUACGCCCCCACCCCAUCCUUCCGGGUCCUCCCCCUUCUUCAGCGGAGGCUCAUAGGAAAGGUGCGUGGAUUCAGACGGACACGAUUCUAGCUGUGGCUCCUCCACUUUCAAGGUUGCUGUUUCCACAGCUGUCAAGCAGGAUAACCAUACUGUUGCACUUCCCUCACUGGGCUGCCGCCAGCAUCAUAUAGAAAAACGCUGUCCCAACAUAAGCCAAACCCACCACUACUGGGAUAGUCGCCAAACAGAACUCAGCUUCGGUUCCCCUCCCGGCAAGGCUGGUUCGACCUACAGUCAACAGGAAGCUCCUGGAGGCAGGGACAGGAUCCCUGCCUCGGAAGGAGGCAAGACGUGAACGUUUUUUGGACGGCGAUCAAGAUGGUGAUGAGGGUGUGAGUAACGCUCCCGGCUCACGCGGUUGGGCUUGAGAUUUUACUACCAACGACAAAGGGUGCGGAAGCAUAGUGCUGAGAAGCAAACACCCAACCAAAAAAACUCAAACCCGUCCUCCCGCACAAAAACAAGCCCCAAAGCUCUGGGCACUACUGAGAGCCGGGCCAAGGAAAAGAGAAAAGCGGAAGGGCGGAAUCGGGGCGCCCCAUUCAAUCCCCGCGGCAGCCGAGCGUCGGUGGGUUCGCGGGUGGGCAGGGGCGCCGCGGACCUGCUCUCCGGGCAGGGAAGCACCUCCUCCUCACGCCCCCUCAGCCUGCGCCGCCCCCGGGAAUCCGCCCCGGACCCCGCCGCCAUGUUGGGUCGGGAGAAGUGACAGGGACCGGUCGCCUAUCCUGACCACAGCAAAGCGGCCCGGAGCCCGCGGACGGGACCUUAUGGGGGUGUAGGCGCCGGAAGGCUGGGGGCCCCGGAGACGGGCCGGCGCAGCCCGAGUUCCGGUGAGCAGACAGCGGCGCGCGCAGAUUUGAUAAUGGGCUGCAUUAAAAGUAAAGAAAACAAAAGUCCAGCCAUUAAAUACAGACCUGAAAAUACUCCAGAGCCUGUCAGUACAAGUGUGAGCCAUUAUGGAGCAGAACCCACUACAGUGUCACCAUGUCCAUCAUCUUCAGCAAAGGGAACAGCAGUUAAUUUCAGCAGUCUUUCCAUGACACCAUUUGGAGGAUCCUCGGGGGUAACGCCUUUUGGAGGUGCAUCUUCCUCAUUUUCAGUGGUGCCGAGUUCAUAUCCUGCUGGUUUAACAGGUGGUGUUACUAUAUUUGUGGCCUUAUAUGAUUAUGAAGCUAGAACUACAGAAGACCUUUCAUUUAAGAAAGGUGAAAGAUUUCAAAUAAUUAACAAUACGGAAGGAGAUUGGUGGGAAGCAAGAUCAAUCGCUACAGGAAAGAAUGGUUAUAUCCCGAGCAAUUAUGUAGCGCCUGCAGAUUCCAUUCAGGCAGAAGAAUGGUAUUUUGGCAAAAUGGGGAGAAAAGAUGCUGAAAGAUUACUUCUGAAUCCUGGAAAUCAACGAGGUAUUUUCUUAGUAAGAGAGAGUGAAACUACUAAAGGUGCUUAUUCCCUUUCUAUUCGUGAUUGGGAUGAGGUAAGGGGUGACAAUGUGAAACACUACAAAAUUAGGAAACUUGACAAUGGUGGAUACUAUAUCACAACCAGAGCACAAUUUGAUACUCUGCAGAAAUUGGUGAAACACUACACAGAACAUGCUGAUGGUUUAUGCCACAAGUUGACAACUGUGUGUCCAACUGUGAAACCUCAGACUCAAGGUCUAGCAAAAGAUGCUUGGGAAAUCCCUCGAGAAUCUUUGCGACUAGAGGUUAAACUAGGACAAGGAUGUUUUGGUGAAGUGUGGAUGGGAACAUGGAAUGGAACCACGAAAGUAGCAAUCAAAACACUAAAACCAGGUACAAUGAUGCCAGAAGCUUUCCUUCAAGAAGCUCAGAUAAUGAAAAAAUUAAGACAUGAUAAACUUGUUCCACUAUAUGCUGUUGUUUCUGAAGAGCCAAUUUACAUUGUCACUGAAUUUAUGUCAAAAGGAAGCUUAUUAGAUUUCCUUAAGGAAGGAGAUGGAAAGUAUUUGAAGCUUCCACAGCUGGUUGAUAUGGCUGCUCAGAUUGCUGAUGGUAUGGCAUAUAUUGAAAGAAUGAACUAUAUUCACCGAGAUCUUCGGGCUGCUAAUAUUCUUGUAGGAGAAAAUCUUGUGUGCAAAAUAGCAGAUUUUGGUUUAGCAAGGUUAAUUGAAGACAAUGAAUACACAGCAAGACAAGGUGCAAAAUUUCCAAUCAAAUGGACAGCUCCUGAAGCUGCACUGUAUGGUCGGUUUACAAUAAAGUCUGAUGUCUGGUCAUUUGGAAUUCUGCAGACAGAACUGGUAACAAAGGGCCGAGUGCCAUAUCCAGGUAUGGUGAACCGUGAAGUAUUGGAACAAGUGGAGCGAGGAUACAGGAUGCCGUGCCCUCAGGGCUGUCCAGAAUCCCUCCAUGAAUUGAUGAAUCUGUGUUGGAAGAAGGACCCUGAUGAAAGACCAACAUUUGAAUAUAUUCAGUCCUUCUUGGAAGACUACUUCACUGCUACAGAGCCACAGUACCAGCCAGGAGAAAAUUUAUAAUUCAAGCAGCCUAUUUUAUAUGCACAAAUCUGCCAAAAUGUAAAGAACUUGUGUAGAUUUUCUACAGGAAUCAAAAGAAGAAAAUCUUCUUUACUCUGCAUGUUUUUAAUGGUAAACUGGAAUCCCAGAUAUGGUUGCACAAAACCACUUUUUUUUCCCCCAAGUAUUAAACUCUAAUGUACCAAUGAUGAAUUUUCCAACGUACUUCAGGGUCCAGAGAAAAUAGAGCUAAGAUACUGAUAACAGUGUGGGUGAUAGCAUGGUAAUGAAGGACAGUGAGGCUCCUGCUUAUUUAUAAAUAAUUUCCUUUCUUUUUUUCCCCAAAGUCAGAAUUGCUCAAAGAAAAUUAUUUAUUGUUACAGAAAAAACUUGAGAGAUAAAAAGCUAUACCAUAAUAAAAUCUAAAAUUAAGGAAUAUCAUGGGACCAAAUAAUUCCAUUCCAGUUUUUUAAAGUUUCUUUUUUUUUUUUUUUGAGACAGAGUCUUGCUCUGUCGCCUAGGCUGGAGUGCAGUGGCACAAACUCGGCUCACUGCAAGCCCCGCCUCCCGGGUUCACGCCAUUCUCCUGCCUCAGCCUCUCUCAGUAGCUGGGACUACAGGCGUCCGCCACCACGCCCGGCUAAUUUUUUGUACUUUUAGUAGAGACGGGGUUUCAUCGUGGUCUCGAUCUCCUGACCUCGUGAUCCGCCCGCCUCGGCCUCCCAAAGUGCUGGGAUUACAAGCGUGAGCCACCACGCCCGGCCUUUUUUAAAGUUUCUUGCAUUUAUUAUUCUCAAAAGUUUUUUCUAAGUUAAACAGUCAGUAUGCAAUCUUAAUAUAUGCUUUCUUUUGCAUGGACAUGGGCCAGGUUUUUCUAAAGGAAUUUAAACAGGAUCUCAAACUUGAUUAAAUGUUAGACCACAGAAGUGGAAUUUGAAAGUAUAAUGCAGUACAUUAAUAUUCAUAUUCACGGAACUGAAAGAAUAAGAACUUUUUCACUUCAGUCCUUUUCUGAAGAGUUUGACUUAGAAUAAUGAAGGUAACUAGAAAGUGAGUUAAUCUUGUAUGAGGUUGCAUUGAUUUUUUUAAGGCAAUAUAUAAUUGAAACUACUGUCCAAUCAAAGGGGAAAUGUUUUAAUCUUUAGAUAGCAUGCAAAGUAAGACCCAGCAUUUAAAAAGCCCUUUUUAAAAACUAGACUUGGUACUGUGAGAUAUUGCUUAUAUGUCCUUAUGGGGAUGGGUGCCACAAAUAGAAAAUAUGACCAGAUCAGGGACUUGAAUGCACUUUUGCUCAUGGUGAAUAUAGAUGAACAGAGAGGAAAAUGUAUUUAAAAGAAAUACGAGAAAAGAAAAUGUGAAAGUUUUACAAGUUAGAGGGAUGGAAUGUGAUGUUUAAUGUUGAUGUCAUAGAGUGAGAGAAUGGCUUUGCUGGCACUCAGAGCUCCUCACUUAGCUAUAUUCUGAGACUUUUAAGAGUUAUAAGGUAUAACUAUAAAACUAAUUUUUCUUACACACUAAAUGGGUAUUUGUUCAAAAUAGUGAAGUUAUGGCUUCACAUUCAUUUCAGUGGGAUAUGGCUUUUAUGUAAAACAUUUUUAGAACUCCAGUUUUCAAAUCAUGUUUGAAUCUACAUUCACUUUUUUUUUUUUCUUUUUUGAGACGGAGUCUUGCUGUCACCCAGGCUGGAUGGAGUGCAGUGGUACGAUGUCGGCUCACUGCAAGCUCCGCCUCCCAGGUUCACACCAUUCUCCUGCCUCAGCCUCCCGAGUAGCUGGGACUACAGGCGCCCACCACCACACCCGGCUAGUUUUUUGUAGUUUUAGUAGAGACGGGGUUUCACCGUGUUAGCCGAGAUGGUCUGGAUCUCCUGACCUUGUGAUCUGCCCGCCUCAGCCUCGCAAAGUGCUGGGAUUACAGGCGUGAGCCACCGCACCCGGCCUACAUUCAGUUUUAAAGUCUACGUAAUGGUGGUCAUUUUUUCCCUUUUAGAAUAUAUUAAAUGGUUGAUUUGGGGAGGAAAACUUAUUCUAAAUAUUAACAGUGGUGAAAAGGGGACAGUUUUUACCCUAAAGUGCAAAAGUGAAACAUACAAAAUAAGACUAAUUUUUAAGAAUAACUCAGUAAUUUCAAAAUACAGAUUUGAAUAGCAGCAUUAGUGAUUUAAGUGUCUAGCAAAGGAAAAAUUGAUAAAUGAAGGUCUGGUGUAUAUGUUUUAAAAUUCUCUCAUAUAGUCACACCUUAAAUUAAACCUCAUAUUAGGCCCCUCUUUUCAGGAUAUAAUUCUUAACUAUCAUUAUUUACCUGAUUUUAAUCAUCAGAUUCGAAAUUCUGUGCCAUGGCAUAUAUGUUCAAAUUCAAACCAUUUUAAAAUGUGACAGAUGGACUUCAUGCAAGUUGGCAAUGGUUCUGGUACUAAAAAUUGUGGUUGUUUUUUCUGUUUAUGUAACCUGCUUAGUAUUGACACUCUCUACCAAGAGGGUCUUCCUAAGAAGAGUGCUGUCAUUAUUUCCUCUUGUCAACAACUUGUGACAUGAGAUUUUUUAAGGGCUUUGUGUGAACUAUGAUAUUGUAAUUUUUCUAAGCAUAUUCAAAAGGGUAACAAAAUUAUGUUUAUGUACUAAAUCAGGAAAGUAAGCCAGGAAAAGUUGAUGGUAUUCAUUAGGUUUUAACUGAAUGGAGCAGUUCCUUAUAUAAUAACAAUUGUAUAGUAGGGAUAAAACACUAACUUAAUGUGUAUUCAUUUUAAAUUGUUCUGUAUUUUUAAAUUGCCAAGAAAAACAAACAACUUUGUAAAUUUGAAGAUUUUUUCCAACAGCUUUUCGUCUUCAGUGUCUUAAUGUGGAAGUUAACCCUUACCAAAAAAGGAAGUUGGCAAAAACAGCCUUCUAGCACACUUUUUUAAAUGAAUAAUGGUAGCCUAAACUUAAUAUUUUUAUAAAGUAUUGUAAUAUUGUUUUGUGGAUAAUUGAAAUAAAAAAUUCUCAUUGAAUGCA